AUGGCCGACCAAACGAAUGCCAGUUUUGACGGGCGCACUGCAGACCAGCUACUGAUGUUAAUCGAUGCCUAUGAGGAUACCGAGCGUGGUGCGUCAGACGAAGACUCCAUCGUAGCUGGCCCCUUCAGCGCUUUCAAACUUCCUGGUCCAUCCCCGUUGCGGAGCCCUGCAGAAUCCAAUGUUGAGACCGACCAAGAAAUCUCAACUCCAAGCUUGAAUUCUACAACAGAACCUCCCUAUGAACCAGACGACCAAAGUAUCUUAAGUGAUCCUAAUAGGAUCCAUGAUGUGGAAUUUGGCUUAUUAAACUUCGAGGGAGGCGCUGAGGUGCCUGACCUUAUGGACAUGGUUGCCAUGGUGUUACCUCAGCUUGCACCAGACCACUAUAAUAUUCCAACAACUGAUGAAGGAUCCUUUCUCGAAUUCUCGGAUGGAGUUGCAUCUGGCCAAAAUCUGGUACACUGCGUGCCGCCUUUAGAAGAUUUUAUGCCAAAGCUACCAGCGCCGCCCGCACUCAACACGAAUAUGCCUUGGCCAGAAGAUGUCGGGAUUCUUUUGCGAUACUACGAGGCAAACUUGAUCACUCCAUCCGCUAGCUUUUUCAGGAGCCGUAAGUCUCCUUGGCGCGUGAUCUUACUGCCCGGCGCCACCCAAACAUACGCGGGUCUUGCUAUUUGGAAUCAUGUAUCUGAAACCAAAAUGGCCAUGUUCUACUCCCUGCUUGCCAUCAGCGCAUUUCAUCUUAACAAGACGAAACCCGAUGACGUGACACAGUACUGGAGAAAGCGCGGCCUGGAGGCUCAGCGGGUUGCUAAAAAACAUUUGCAGCUUGCUUUGCAGAAUGAGAUCCAGGGGCCGCCACGUGCCAAGUACAAGGACCUUUUGAUGACUAUUCUUGCCAUGGCUAUGGCUUCUGCGCUGGAAGAUGCCCAGAAUAUUCGAAAUUACUUAAUCGAUGCAGAGAGGCUCAUCCGAAUCCGUGGUAUUCCUAAGCCUAAGAAAUCCCAAAAGGUCCUCUUGCUCCAUCACACAUAUACACAUCUACGAAUCAUGGUUGAGAGUAUAUGUUCUAUUGAAUGCGUUCAAAGCUUGAACCACAUCUCACAACCCCAUACGUUCACGCAGAACAUACAUUUUCUACGAAACUUCCAACUUACUGAGGAAAGGCUCAAUCUCGGCCUGGACCCAUCUUCACCUAAGGAUGACGACGAGGGAUAUAAUGAUAUCCAUCUUGAGACACAAGGGAACUGGAAGAAAACCAUGUACCCAUUCUUAUACGCUGUGCCAGAGUCAUUGACUACACUGCUGUCUCAAACGCUCUCCUUGGCAAACGCGAAGCCGCAACUGGAUCGAAUAGCCCUUGCCAAUCCAAAAACUGCAGCUGCUUUAGCCCAGCAUACAUUCAACUUGGAGCGUAAUAUUUGGGACUGGACUCUACCAUCUCGCAGCAAUGAAGGGGAUAUGGAUCGAGAGGAAAUAAAAUGUGUAGCGCUUGCCUUCCACCAGGCAAUAUACAUAUACUUCUACCGACGUAUUCACAAAGUCUAUCCUGGGAUCUUGCAGACGGCUGUUGCUCAGACCCUAGAAUACUUGGGACCCUGCAUGAGGGGUGGCUCGGAGGAGCGAGACUUUAGUACCAGUCUAAGCUGGAGUUGCUUUAUAGCUGCUUGUGAAGCCAUAACACCAGAGCUACAGGAUAAAUCCCUCGAGUAUCUGUCUCGUUUUGACCUCAAAGGUUCGUUCUGGGCACCUUGGCAAGCUGUGAAAACCGUUAAACAGAUAUGGAAGAAACGGGAUCAUCGUGGGUAA